AUGGCACGAGCAUCUAAACUCUGUUUAAAAAGAUCUCAAACCCCAGCUCUCAUCAUUGCUUAUAUUCCCCACCCCCACUGUAACCUCUUGCAAUUGAUGACGACCUUCACGCAACCCGUCCGCACUCGCUCACAUAGGGGCAAUAUACCCAAACUCCCGCAGACGAAAUUCUGCUCGUUCUGUCCCGCGAAGUUUACUCGAACGACUCACCUGAAUAGACACGUUCGAUCCCAUAUCAACCAGCGUCAUUAUCGUUGCGAUAUAUGCGGUUCUGAAUUCACUCGUAGUGACCUCCUAUCUCGGCACAAGAAAACCUGUGGGAACUCGCAACACAUUCAACGGUCGAGACAGAAAUCCUGUCAGGCCUGCGCUGACUCUAAGAUCAAAUGCGACCUCGUCUAUCCUUGCUCGAAAUGCAUAUCCAGAGGGAAAGUUUGCGUCUUUGUCAACGACCCAGAGGUCUCUCGAAUGAAGAAGUUUACCACAAACUCUAAUCGGGAUUCCACGACGACAGCACCGAACACAGGCGACACAGACUGCCUUCGUGCUUCACCCGCGUCCACACUCUCGACCGGUUCGGGAUCCUUCACCAGCGGUGAACAAGGCCCUACCGACUGCUCUUCGUCGCUGGACGGCGUGUUCGAACAAAUUGAACGCUCGUGGCACGACGCCGACCAAGAGGUCUAUCAGCCAGGUUAUCCUGGCACUCAAUAUUCGGCCAGUCAACGGUUCGAGCAUUUCGAGAGCUAUCAUCUUCCCCAGGGAUUUCCCCCCUUCGAACCCUCGUUUGCGGCGCACCAUAUGCAACACCAAUCCUGCUGCGGUGGCCUCAACAGACACCUAUGCGGAGGGGCCUGUAAUUCGAUUCCGCAGACAGCGGAACAGCCUUCUCUCAACAAGGCAUGGUUUUAUGAUAACCAUGUGUCCCCCUUUUCAGGAAGUAUGCCACGUCCCUUCAUGGGUUAG